AUGCCAAAUCUUGUAAGGCUGCUGCGUUCCUCACAGCGGGCUUUACGCCAGCAGUGUCGCUCUGUCGAGGCAGCGGCAGUGGAGGGUCUACGAUGGAUGCGGCGCGAGCUCGUUCGUCUGUGCGGCUCUGAGAGUGACGUGCUGCGCUUCAAGCGCUUUCUGUUCUCCACACUGUUUCUCGCGCUUAUCUUGGCUGUUACGAGUGCCGCCGCGGUCGUCUGGCUGUCCAAUACACCCCACUGCCACUACGUGUACUCCCAUAUCCAGGCCGUGCGGCGCGCCGCGCUCGGACAGAGGAAGCCCUUGCCACAGCGCAACGCUGGUGACCACCCCGAUGCCAACGCGGACCUGCAACGAAACGUCAACGCAUACCUGUCGCAGCACAACGGCACGGACGGUGUCACGCACCCUCCCACUAGAAUUCACUUCAUCGUAGCCUCAAAUCAGACGGACUGGAGCUUCUGCAUGGUCACCGCGUCGUGUGCGCUCGCUGGCGUCCGCCUCAGCGUCCUUGGAGCGGAUAAUACCUACUCUCACGUCUGGCGUUAUAAGCACUACCUCGACUAUCUUGAUCGGGAGGGCUUGCGGGACGAGGACAUCGUGGUCACGAUGGACACUGACGUGGCGUGGACAGGAUCUGACGUGGUGCCGUUCUUGCAGAAGUUUGCGCGCUAUUCCCCUGCCUCAGAGGCGGCUCUGGAUCUCGCCGCAGUGCGCGCCUGGGAGGAUUACGGAGAGCAGGUCGGGUCCAUCUUUAUGGCUACUCUGCGCACCACACCCAAGCAACAGUCGCGGCCGCUUGUGCAGUUGCCGCCAGUUAUCUUCAACGCGGACGACGAUUGUUACUAUCAUCAGCCCGUCGAUGGCCUCUUCCAGUGUUUCACCGGCGAUUACAUCACCACGCACCUCAUCGCAGCCGCUCGCAACGGCGCGUCCUUCUUUUCUCCUCAAGACGCGGCCCGCGCGUCCAAGGAGGACUGGAAUUACUACAAGAACAUAUACGCCGGCUUCUUCGCCCAGGGACACGGUCAUCGCUUACUCAACACCUCGCUGGAGGCUGCGAACUUUCUGCGCACUCCCGGCGACCAGUUCUUCUACAACGGCGCCUUCUCCGUCGGUCGCAACCCGGCGCACUAUCUCAAUGCCGGCAUGCACAUCUCCCGCGUGUGGGCACUCCGAGAGCUGGCCGCAGGUGUGCUCCGGUUCGCCAAGGAGCAACAGCCCCGCGUGAAGCGGGAGUGGUUUUGCGAUCAGUCCAUCAUCGGCGUUCUGCGGUACUACUCACGCAUGUUCGAGAUCGAUGCGGGCCUCUUGUUUCAGAGUGGGCACCGUACAGAUGGCCGACUCGUGCGCGAUUCGUUUGGGCUGCCGGUUGGUCUCAUCUCUGUCGACCACCUCACGGAGUUCAUGUUCACUUCCCAUUUGCAACGCCGGCAGUGGCUCGGCCAGAUGACUUCCUACUACACCCGCCAUCGGGAUGACGUGUCCUUCACUGUUCCUGACCGAGAUCUCAUCGCUACCGCCUCGGGUGCCUUCAUCACGCCCCCAUUAUGGGUUCGUCAGGUCCUGCCGCGCUGUUUCGAUGUGACCUUCCUAGACGGCUCGGUGUCUACUGCAUGCUCGGCUGCUCCCCGGAGGCAUGUGCUUCCCUCCUUCCUACACUUCGCUGCCGGGAGCAAACGGCGGUACUAUGGGCGAUACCGUGAGUGGUUUGCCUGGCACUUCGCGGCUCGGCGCAACUUCAAAGCGCUGUCGGCUGCGAUGACGGUGCUAGACAAGUUGAAACUGGAGCUGUGGUGCAACGAUACCGUGCAGCACAUUCCUUUCUUCGCCGUGUGCCCGAGCCCGUUCCACAGUCCUUGA